CAUCAGCGCUUCCUGCAUGGGAGAAGAUCGCAGGCAUACCGCCGCCUGCCUGGAAGUUCGGGCUCCUAUCUGCAAUACAUGCUUCUUAUUAAUUAUAAAUAAUUCAUUUGAAAAUGAUGUUACACUUUGCUGAGUGGAUAUUUCUCAUAACGCCUAUUUUGGGCAUGUCAUGUUUAGGCUCCGGAGCUGUGAUUUACAUCCAGAGGCUGGAAGGCCAGUCGGUGGACAUUCACUGUGAGUCUGAACAGUUGGGGUCCGCUGCCAUGGGCUUGAACUUGAAGCACAAGUUCCCCCACCCCGAGAGGCACGUGGCCUGCAUCUCAAUCGACGGCAACACGUCUGAGACCCCCCAGUACCUGGGCCGCGUGAAAGCCCACGGGGGGCCUGGUCCAGGCCCGGUCCAUAUCACCGUGUCCCAGCUGCGUCACGCAGAUACCGGGGUCUAUUUCUGCGAGUUCAACCACUCGGGUGUGACUGUGCUUGGGACCACAGAAGUCUUCGUCUCCGUGGAGGUGACAGAAGCCCACUGCCUCUGCUGGCGCUAUCCUCUACUGCUGCACAUCAUUUGUGGGGCAGCGCUCUUCUUCCUCCUCACCGCCAUGGGGUCUGGACUCACGAAGUUUGGUAAAAGGUGCUUCUGCAGCUGCUGCAGCCAGCAAGUGGAGGCUCCCGUCUACGAGGAUAUGACUGCGAUUCACAAGCGGAGCGUCAGUCGUGCUCCAAAUAGCCACGGAACCCAAGAGGCGGGAACUCAUCCCACUGUUUAAGCCCGACUGGAAUCCUAGUGUUAUGUAGCCGAACCUCCGCUGCUUCCUCUCUGAGGACAUGGAUGACUGCAUGAGCCACGUAACGGCUGACAUGAGCAGGCUGGAUCAGGCUCCUCAUUCUCUUUGGGGAGGCGGCUUUAAUGUACAGGAAACUGCUGACUGUUUGAGUGACUGCUGCGUGGUCCAGGGUCACAGAGGCCCGACUCCCCUUAGACAGCAUGCUGUGUGUUAGCAGUUAGCACGCUAAUUGACUAGGUCAUCUGCAUCUGUGUCCAGAAACAGUCUUAUAUACUGCAGUCAUUUUUAUUAGGAGCUAGCAUCGCGUCAAGUUCUACAGAAUAGCUAGAUUGUUUUAUUACUGACUUUUGGCUAUUUCUGUGUCUUUUCAGUCUUUCACUGAUAGUGCAAUGAACUACUAGCUACAAUAAAAUCACCCGAACUUU